AUGAAAACGGACCAAAGGACAGAAUUUACUGACUUCUAUCUUUCCACUGGUGAAGGUGAAGAGAGAGUGGCGGUGCACAAAGCAUUUUUAAUUGCUCACAGUGAUGUGUUUAAAGCAAUGCUGCGAGGAAAGUGGAAAGAGACAGAUCACGAUGAAAUAAAGAUACAGGGGGUGACUAUUGAAACACUUCAACAGCUAAAAGAUUACAUGUACAUGGGCAGUGUACCCGAAGUUGGACUCCGCCCACUCUUGCUGGUUGCCAGGACGUACAUGAUGGAAGAUCUUGAAAAACACUGCAUUAGAAAACUGGCUGAGAAAGUUACUCCAGAAGAGUUAUUUUUGCUCAUUGAAUUUGCUUGUGAUAACCAGAUUCCCGAGCUACCUUUUGCACUUCUGCAGAUAACUCCAGACGCUGUUGUCAGUGGAGCGGCUAAUAUAAAAAAGGCAGUUUUGAAAAAAGAAGUUGAAAAUACUGUUGAUAAUCAAGAAUAG